AUCCAAAAAAUAGCUCAUGAAGUGACUGUUGUAAAAAAAAUUGAAUACCAGCUGUAUUAUUUUUUUUUUAUUUACCAAGCCUUCUAAAACUUUUUUUUUUCGUUUGUUGCAAAUCUACCUAUUUAAUUAAACAUGGCUGCCACACAAGAUUUGACCAUGAGAAUGAUUCCAUUCUUGGAUCGUCAUCUCGUUUUCCCUCUUAUUGAAUUCUUGGAAUUGAAGGAAGUUUAUGCUCCCGAACAAUUACUCGAAGCCAAGUACGACUUGUUUAAAAAUUCCAACAUGGUUGAUUUCGUGCAAGACCUCUACAAGAAGCUUCACAAGACCGAAGAAGCUCCCAAGGAAUUCACUGAAAAGAGAGAAAAGGUUUUGUCUCAAAUGGAGGAAUUAAGAACCAAGGCUCAAAAGGUCAUGGACAUUCUUGAAAAGCCCGAAGUCAUUGCUGCUCUUCGUCAAGACAAGGCACAAAACUUGCAAUACUUGAAGGAAAACUACAAGUUUACUGAUGAUUCCAUCAACAUUUUAUACGAAUUCGGUCAAUUCCAAUACAACUGUGGUGAUUAUGGAGGAGCUGCUGACUAUCUCUACCAUUUCCGCGUUUUGUCUACCGAUAACGAACGCUCUCUUUCUGCCACUUGGGGUAAGAUGGCAUCGGAGAUCUUGACAGGUAACUGGGACGCAGCUUUGGAAGAGAUGCAAAAGUUGAGAGAAGCCAUUGAUCAAAAGAGCAACAGUUCGCCUCUUCAACAACUUCAACAACGUACUUGGCUCCUUCACUGGUCCUUGUUCGUGUUCUUCAACCACCCCAAGGGUCGUGACGGUAUCGUCGAUAUGUUCCUUACGCCUCAAUACAUCAACACCAUCCAAACAUCUUGUCCCUGGAUCUUGCGUUACCUUGCCACUGCUGUGGUAACCAACAAGCGUAGAAAGAACCAAAUGAAGGAACUUGUCAAGAUUAUCGAACAAGAAGCAUACGAAUAUAAAGACCCCGUCACCGAAUUUGUUGAAGCACUCUUUGUUCGUUUCGAUUUCGAAGGUGCUCAAAAGAAGUUGAAGGAAUGUGAAGAUGUUCUUUCCAAUGAUUUCUUUUUAGCCGCCACCCACGAAGAUUUCAUGGAAAGCGCCAGACAGUUCAUUUCAGAGACAUAUUGCAGAAUUCAUCAAAAGAUCGAUAUCAAGGAAAUGUCACAAAGACUCAACUUGUCUCAGGAAGAAGGUGAGAAAUGGAUCGUCAACUUGAUUAGAGAUACACGUGUCGAUGCCAAGAUUGAUUUUGAGGAAAAUACCGUCAUCAUGAACACACCAGUUACUUCUGUAUAUCAACAAGUCAUUGAACGUACAAAGGGUCUUUCUUUCCGAUCACAGGUACUUGCUACCACCAUCAAGAGACGUGAACUUGCACAGAACGAGGUUGCUGCAUAAAUAGAUUUUUUUUUUUUUCAUACAGUGAUCUUCCCACUUACAAUUCGAAUCAUCUUUUUUUUGAAUCCUGUGGUACAUUUUCUCGAAAAUAAAAAAAAGGAACAUUCAACAAGAAAUAAAACAAUUAUAAAAAAAUACAUAUACAUUUUACCAUUAGAACUACCUCAAAAGUAUCAUGCAAAUUAUUAAUCUAAAUUGAAUAUACAGUGAUUGUAGUUGUACACACACC